UCAGCAGCAGCAGCAGCAUGGAGCACCCAGGUGGACCCGGCGUCUCCCUCUCACGGCUCUACAGGUGCAUUCUGACGGGCUCGUGCCCCGAACGGACCCCGGCGGAGUUCGCUGACGUCAUACUGUCCGCCCUGCGUGGACCCGCGCGCUGUGAGGACGGAGGGCGUUGUCAUGGCAGCACCGUGGAGCAAAUGUGCAUGAGCGCGAGCCUGGUGGAGAGGAUCGCCUGCGGUCUGACGUCACGGAGCUUCAGUCCAGCUGUGACGUCAUACUGCGAGGAGGUGGCGAGGGUGCUGUUUAGUGAGACUGACGUCAUCAGAGAGCUGGUACAGAACUUCCUGUCCGAUCACCUGAUGGUGUCACACCUGUCUGCUAAGAGCGUGUCAGCGUCCGUGUUCUACUUCCUGCAAACAUCAGGUACCGUCAGUCCUGUGUGGAGGCAGACGUGUGAGCAGGCGUUUCUGACAUCACUUCCUGGUUCAGAGCUGGACGCCUGUCUGUGGUCGCUGACUGACAUCCUUAAAAGACUUCUGAAAUCUGCUGAUGGAGAGAUCUUCAUGGAGCUCCUGGCAGCGUUCGACUCGUCUCUGGGUUUGUUGUGUUCAAAGUUCCUCCUGGAGGACAGACAGAUGGACGAUUCCAUCUGCAGACAGCAGGGGGCGUCGCUCUACCUCCUGCUGGAGCUGCUGGAGGUGCUGACGGCGUCGAGUUCUCUGUGUGGCGCUGCUGCGUGUCUGCAGAGUCAGAGAAUAACACACGCUCAGUGCUCUGCUCUCCUACACGCCGCCGCCGGCUCGUCAGAGUACUUUGUGAAGAAGCGGGCGGUGCUGCUGCUAAAGAGGGCGGUGCUACAGAAGGCUGGAGAGGACUGGGCUACGGGAGACGUCCUGCUCAGCGCCGUGAAACCCCAACACAUCAGCGCCGAUACGAGCCUGCUGGCUCACAGCGUGCUGAUGGCGCUGGCUGCUGAUUGGUUGGAGAGCCUUCAAGUAGAAUCUGCCUCGUUCUUUGGAGGAAUCAGAGCAGAGCGAGCUGAUGGGGAGCAGAAAUCCGACGACGUGAUGCUCAGAGCUGUCAGCCUGCUGGUCCUCAAGUCUGCAGAGAUUUACGUCCAAUCAGAGGGAGGGACAGCAGGACAGAGCAGAACCACAGAGGAUUAUGGGUACCCGCAGAGACUGUGGAGCUUCCUGGAGAGGAACAGUGUCCAUCUGAGCACGCUCACUCACCGCUGCUGCUGGAUCAGCGUGCUGUUUGGAGAUCAGGACGACGACAUGAUGGAGGCCGCCAAGGCUUCACUCUCGAUAUUCCUCCAUCACCGGCGGAGCUCUGAUCUGGAUGACUCUGCUGACCUGGACGUGGCGUGUUGUCACGGUAACAACCCUCACUGCAUCUUCGUGCUGCUGCUUCAGAGCGUCUCCUUUGACCACAGCAUCCUCCUCGACUUCCUCAUCUCCACGGAAACCUGCUUCCUGGAGUUCCUCAUACGCUACCUUAAGUGUCUGACAGCUGAUUGGUCGGGCUUCACUGCGGCGUGUAGGAGGAUCAGCUCACAGCAGGGGGUCGCUCCUGCUUCCUGUGGUCAUGUGAUCAAACCGACGACUGAAUCUGGGCUUCGCCUAGUGCAGUAUGGGAGUUCUGAAGAGUCAGAAACAGAUGACAUGGAGGAUUCUUACCGUGGAGCGAGGACGUCUGAUGGCGGGAAAAGUCGAUUUAGUGGCAACGAUGAUAAGCAGGAAGUAAGAGGAGAACCAGGACCAAUCGGACGAACACUAAACCAAUCAUUACACUUGGUGAAUAAAGCUGAUGAACAUGAUGGAACUUCAUCCUCAUUGUCUGCUCGGUCUGGACCAGCAAGCUGUGGUGCCUUGGAGAGGGCAGUCCUCUGUCUGGCUGAGCUCAGAGCGUUACUGACCAGGCUGCAGGCCAAGAAACUCUUCCCAUACAACCCCACGUCUCUUUUAAAGCUUUUAGGACAAGUAGAAAACAUUUCCCAGCAGAAACAACUGUCAAAGUUCAAUAAAACAUCAUGAGUAUGAUAAUAAA